UUCUGCAGGAGGAAUGAGAAGCUUCACUGACAAUCUGCAGGAGAUGUUUGGUUUUGUUUCACAUUUGGAACAAAUCCAAUAAAGUGGAUCUGUAUAUCAUCCCGUUUCUAGAGACCUGAUUAUGUUUUUACUUUCUUUUCUUCAUUUUUUUCCAGGCCGACGUCUGGUGAAGAGGCUGACGUUUCUUUAAUAUUUGAAGGUUCUCAUGUCAGUUUCUGUCCCUCUGAUGAGUGAAAUGUGAUCGUCUGUCUGAUGAGAGACUGCAGAAGAUGCAGAAGGACUUAAAUUGCGACUAAGAGUAAACAUGGAAAAGAAUCUUUUCAAAGCUGUGACUCACCUGCUGUCAGACCAGCAAACUCUUUGAGCCAACAGAAGAAAGAUGGAGAACUGGACCACAAGUACAGAAGUCCUGAUCCUGGAGGCCCUGAAUGUGACUCCUCUGUCUUCACUCCCUGUCUUCAUCCUCCUCUUCCUUUUCUACAUCUUUAUAAUGGUCUCCAAUAUAGGCAUGGUGGUGUUGAUCCUCUGCAACAGCAGCCUCCAUCAGCCCAUGUAUCUGCUCCUCUGUAACAUGACUGUGAACGAUGCUUUUGGAGCCACCAUCAUAUUGCCACACCUUCUCAAAGACCUGCUCCUGUCCAGCUCAGAGCGGUAUAUCCAUUACUGGGCGUGUGCCGCUCAGGCCUUCUGCGUCCACCUCCACGCCAGCGUCUCCCACACUGUGCUUGUGAUCAUGGCCAUUGAUCGCUACAUGGCCAUUUGCAACCCACUGCGGUAUGCUGCUGUCAUGACGCACCAGAUGGUGGCGAGCCUGUCCUGGGCUGCUUGGGGGUCGGCCUGCGUGUUGGUGGGGAUUCUGGUGGGUCUGAGCGUGCGCCUGUCCCGCUGCAGGCAGAUUGUGUUCAAUUUAGUCUGUGACAACGCGUCAUUGUUCAGCCUCUCCUGCGAGAGUGUCCUCAUCAACAACGUGUACGGCCUGGUGUACACCGUGCUGCUGCUGGGCUCCUCAAUGGUCAGCGUCGCCCUCACCUACCUGAAGAUCAUCGCAGUGUGUCUGAGCAGCAGAAACAAGGCGCUGAACAGCAAAGCUCUGCAGACCUGCUCCACCCAUCUGGCGGUGUACCUGAUGCUGCUGGUGUCUGGCUUCAUCAUCGUCAUCAUGCAUCGCUUUCCGCAGCUUUCUCAGCACAGGAAGGUUGCGUCGGUGCUGGGCCACGUGGCGCUGCCCGCUCUGAACAUCGUCAUCUAUGGGCUGCAGAUCAAAGAGAUCCGGCAGAAGGUUUUUGCCGCCUUCAACAAGAAGGUUUUUGCAAUUGAUGUGAAAUGACAGAAGUAGGACAGGAGGGAUAAAACCUCAGAAGGAAGAACGAACUCUGAACAACCUGCUGUUUGAAGUUUGACAAAAAGCCUUUGUAUGGAUACAGCACUCAGAAUCUAUGCAGGAUUUUAUCAUUCAGGCUAGGAAAUUUGUGCUUUCUUCAGAAACUGUGCUUCAGAGAAGAAUGAAACAUGGAGGCCAAACUGUAGUUCAUAUUAAAUCAAGUGUUUGUUCAGCACAGUAAAAAAAACAGCAUCACUGAGGUUGGUGGUUGUCUCCAAGGUAAAAAAAAAUAGAGAUUUCAAACAGAGGAAAUAAAAAAAUUGUCGUUAAAAAUGUUUAAUCGAGGGUUUUGGAAUCUGGCUGUAGGGAAGCGAGGUGGUAUGUUCCUCCAGCUCCAAAAUUCUAAUGAUCCAGACCUUUAUUUUACAGAACAAAUAACAUGAUUAUUGUAUCCUGUUAUUUAAUCUACACAUGCUUACAGUUUUACUGGAGAGGUCUCUGAAGUGCUCACUAGCACAGAGUAACAGUUAGCAUAUCACACAGCAGAGGACACACUAGACUUUGUCAUUAUAUGUGGCUUGUGGGCCAGUGUGUUGUCUGUUGCAGACUUGGCUGUACAAACAGUAGGGAAACCCUGUAGGCUAUUUGCUGUUUGUUUUCAGUGGUAGAUGGCGGUGUGUUCCUCCUCAGAGAAUGUCAGCUUUUUCCCAACAAAGCUGCUUAACACUUUUGUGCAUUCAUCAGUAACAUGGAGAACACACCUGCCACCAUGUUACCUGCCUCAGCUCAGUUUGCUUCCAACCAGCAUAAUCAUUCAUGUGGUGGCAGCACUACCUCACUUUUGGAUUCAGAACACUUUAAACUAGGUGGAGCUGGUACAGACUCCAUGCAUGGUAAAGGGUGUCCAUGGGAAGAUGCUAUGUCUUUCAUGGGAGGGAAGAAAAGGAAGACUGGACCACACAACACAGUGAAGGAAAUAAUUCUCCCUGCCACACAAUUUGUUUAUAGAGUUUAUGUAAACUGUUCAUCCGCACAAACCAAAACUGUUGUUGAUCUGCCGGGACACUGAGUGCAAUGAGAACAAUGAAAAAUUACAAUAUGUCACAAAACGUGACAUAACAAUAAUACAUUGUGCGAUUAUAAAAAGUUGGGACAAUAAUGCAACAAUGUGUGGUUAUGAUUUCAUAAUGCCUCUUACUGCAAUUCAUUCCUUUUUUCACUUCUUCUAAAUUCUUUUUUCUUGUUUUAAUUAUGAUCCUUGUUCAAAUUUUGUUUUGUUGUUUUCUGUAAUUCCUUUAGACUUGAGCGCUUCCAGGAAAAAAUUUCAAUGUACUUGUUCUGAAAAGUACAAAUGGCAAUAAACUCUUAUCUAUCUCUUCUA